AUGUCGAGUCAAAAUGUUUAUUUCUUAUUUACUUCAGACCGAGGAGGAGAAGAAGAAGAUAGUGAUGAAGGGGAUGAAGAAUUUGAAGAAGAUGAACUAGAAAGUGAUGAGGAUGAAAUAAAUGAAGAUGAAGUGGAGUACAUUGAGAACUUAGCAAAGAAGGCAUCAGACCACCUUACCGAUGAAGAUGAGGAUGACGAUGAAGAGGAGACACCCCUUGAAGGAUACACAACAGCAAUAGACGAAGAAAGCAUGGAUGAAUAUAUGGCAUUUAAAUCAACCCUACUAGCGCUUCAGUCACGUGACCCCCAAUGGUAUGCUGCCAUGAUGAAUGCGCUGACCAAAGAACAAAAUAACGAACUUCAGCAAGUGUUUAUGAACGCUGACCAAAGAACUGCAGCAGCAGAGUCGAAGCGUAUUGAAGCACAAGGAGGAUUCACUUUCCAGAACGUAUCAGUCCCAUCUUCAUUUACCUUUGGUCAGAACUCGAGCUGAAUAAAGUCAUUAUUAUGACAGUAACAAAAAUGAGUUUGGUUACUUACAGGACAAGAUGUUGAACAUAAAAACCUGCUGGACACACUGCUUCAAAACAACAAUAACCUUGUUUGAUAGAACGAAUACCUAGGUUAUUGACCAAUUGUGAGGUCCCAUAGAGGGAUACAGUGCACACAAAAACCCGU